AUGUGGCAACAAACACCUGCCAACAGUGUGGGAGCAAUCCAGCUGCUGUCCGCUGUUGUGACUGUCGACCACGCCCCUUCUCCUGUGCUGAAUGUGACGUCAGCAUGCACACAAGACAUGUCCUCCAUAACCGAGAUGCCAUGACUGCUGGAUUCUACCAGCCAUUGCCUCCAACAACUUUUGUUGUAGAUAAGGCUCUUUCCCAUUGUGUGCGGCUUGCACCUGUGGAGAUUCCUGACAAAAUUUGUGGUUGUUCACCAGAGUCAUUGAGGGUCAGCCCAGGGAAGAAUAUUGCUGUGAUCACAAUAAAUGAUCUGAGGAACAGGCCAUCUUUGAAGACGUCUUUAUAGCUAAGGAUGAAGAUGUGAACAGAUUUGUGGACUACAUUCACAAGACAUCCAAACGUGUCAGUGGAGGAGGUGUUUGUGGAGGGGAGUGGUCAGCAGCCAGGGAGACCUCCCAACGAUCUGCCAGCAAGGUAGACGAGGAGGGAUUGGAGUGUUGCACUCUGCUUUAAAUAUGUACGGGGGGGGGGGGAUUUUUGCCUAUUCCCUGUACCUGCAAGAAAUGUUGGCCAGUAGGCAAAUCACUUUUUUUUGUAUGGAUGUGACCUGCAAAUAUUGGCUCUACCUCCAAAGAGUUGCAAAAAGCUGCCCAGAGCUCCAGCACCUUCUUAAGAUGAAGCCCUUCCUUUCGGUAUUCCAUGCCAAACACAUGAUUUUAAAUGCGAGGUGAAAUGGAGUGGGGCAUAUUAGGAUGGGGCUGGUUUAACACUCGGAGAGGAGGUGGAACAGUGCAAUGCUUUCCUCUCUAGGAUUGCAGUGACCACAAAACACAUGUCCAAAGCAGGACGCACAUACAUGCUGACUCUCAUAGCAGAAGACCACAAAAGCUCUGCAAUGCCAGUUGCAAAACCUAGAGUCCAUGAAAGUUGAACUUGCAGUGACAGCGAGCCAAUUGGAAGACUGGGUCAAUGAUGUAAAGGAGUGGGCAGACGCAACAACAACAUCAACCACAAAUGAUGUUGAUGCCUUGGAAGCAGAAUUGAGGUGCUGGUGUAUCAAGAGACGUUCCCAGCAUCUCUAUAAAGAUACAGAUGGCAACAAAGGUCAUGCCAGGAUCCGCCCCAAGAUCAGGGAGGAGAAGGGGAUCCUGACAUCAGUUGUAGAGAAAUACAACAAAAUGGUUCUAAAUACAGAAACUCUGUGCUCGGAAACCAUGUUGUCUGGUGAGACAGCUUGGCCAUGGCAGUUACCACACAGUGACUCUGUCGAUCUAAGGACAAAGAGAAAGGCUUUCGACAUCAUCAUGUCAGUAAGGAGACUUCAGGAGGAGCAGAAGAUUCUUGUUACAGAGAUGGACAACCAUCGGAAAUAUCUUUCAACUCGUGCUGAGACCCUCAGAGAACUGUCCUGCUUGUUUGCCAGCGAGACACUGGAAAAUUCGCAGUGUGGCCUAAGUGAAGAGGGUUUGAAAGGUCUGCAGAGCAUCAUCCACAGAAAGCAACGUAAAAUCAGAGAUCUGAGGGUGUAAACAAUAGACUGAUACCUGCAAGUUUUGUCUGGAGCAGAGAACAUCAACUUCUUAAACAAAUCGUCAGCUGAUGACUUUGACAGUGACUUCGAUAUUUCUGAUGACGAACUGUAAUCCACAAGACUGACACCUUUUUUUCUCUUGACAGUGACCUUGACCUUAACACUGAAUCUAAAGUGUGUAAUAAAAUCUGCUUUUCAUCACCUUAUAAAUAUAACCAAAGUGUAGCAUCUUUUUUCACAUACAUAGAAAUGAAUGCAUGCAUGCCUCUACAACCAGUCAGUGGUGCAAAUUAAGUGCAUUAUUGUAAGGCUAAGUACUGUACUGUACUACAGUACAGAUUUGAGGUACUUGUACUCUAGAUGAUAACAGUAAAACAGAUAUUAUGAUUUUUGGCCCCACCAGAAGAUGCUCAGACAUUGUCACUUAUUUAGGUCCUUGGUCAGCCUACUGUCAUGACCAAAUAAGGAAUUUAGGAGUUGUGUUCGAUCCAGAUUUUAAAUUCAACAAGCAGGUUAAUACUGUGAUUAAGAGCUGU